AGAUUGCAACCGCGGACUCUCGCGAGGUUUGCUCGGGGAGUUCUGACAGAGGCUGCCAAGCGCGGGUCUACUGAGGGAAGUGAGUGGCUGUUUCCGUUGGCGGCAUCUCCCCGCAGAUCUUCCUUGUCCCAGUCGUUAUCAGCACCAGGUCCUGGCCGUCACUACUGGCUAAUUAGAAGUGGCUCACCAGCGAUAACGCAUUUGCCAUCCCUCAUCAUAUCCCUUUUCCUUUGGACCGCAUUCAUUAUAUUUGAAGGAGCUAUAUAUUGAAGACAAUGUCUGGAAGCUUCUACUUUGUAAUUGUGGGCCACCAUGAUAAUCUGGUUUUUAAAAUGGAAUUUUUGCCAACUGGGAAAGCAGAAUCCAAAGUGCAUAUGGAACCUUAAAAAAUUCUGACGAUCAUCGUCAUCUGAACCAGUUCAUAGCUCAUGCUGCUCUUGACCUCGUAGACGAGAAUAUGUGGCUGUCCAACAACAUGUACUUGAAAACUAGACAAGUUCAAUGAGUGGUUUGUUUCAGCAUUUGUUACUACAGGUUAUAUCCUUAUCUUUUAAAAAAAAAAGAUCUCUAACUAAGGGUUGGGUAACAGACUAGACCAACACGGGACACAGAUGCCAGACUGUGAGUCUGUGGACUUCAAGUGUCAGGUUAAAAACUGCCAUUUAUGGGGCUACUGUUAUUUGGGUGAGGGGGCGGGGGGGUAGGCAUUUGUUUAAUAUUUUUGUUUAACAGAUAAUUUUGUUUAACAGUUACUUUUAGAACCAAGUCUCAAAUAAAUCUAUGGUCAAGCUGAACGAUUAGGUUGAUUUUACUUCAUUCUGUAGUGACUUUCUAACAUAGAAAGAUUGUGUUGUCUGAUAAAAGUUACCUAACUUCAAAUGCAUUUUACAUAUUUGACUUUUCCAGCAAAAUACAAUGCGUGUGACUCAUUUGAAAGAUACCAUAUCACCUGACUACUUUUCAUUUUUCAUUUCUACUAAUUCACAGUCAGAUGGGAGCCAAAAAACCCUCUUAGAAAAUAUGAGCAUUUAAAAAUAAUAUAGCUUUAAUUAGCUUGAUGUCUCUGGGAGAUGUUCUGCACGAUCCUCUCUCAUCUUUCUCUCUCCCUAUCUAGGGACAACAAGCAUUGCAUACUGCAGGCAUCAGUUACAUGGCCUCCCUUUUGACGAGACAGACAGUCCUGCUACCACCUCAUCCUGGGCACCCUGGUUAUAUCAACUUCAGCUAUGAGGUCCUUACACCUCUGAAAUGGUACCAGAACAUAAGGCAUCCGUACCCUUCCUAUGGUUAUGAACCCAUGGGUGGAUGGCUGCACCACCAAAUCAUUCCCGUGCUGUCUCAGCAGAAUCUCCCGAGUCAUGCCCUACAGCCUCAUCACCACAUCCCUAUGAUGCCAGCUCAGCAGCCCGUGGUCCCCCAGCAACCAAUGAUGCCUGUUCCUGGCCAACACUCCAUGACUCCAACCCAACACCACCAGCCAAACCUCCCUCUGCCAGGCCAGCAGCCCUUCCAGCCCCAGCCUGUCCAGCCACAGGCUCACCAGCCCAUUCAGCCCCAGCCACCCGUGCACCACAUCCAGCCCCUGCCACCACAGCCACCUCUGCCUCCGAUGUUCCCCAUACAGCCCCUGCCCCCCAUGCUUCCUGACUUGCCUCUGGAAGCCUGGCCAGCAACAGACAAGACCAAGCGGGAGGAAGUGGAUUAAAAGAUCAGAAAAUGAGAGGAGUAGCUAUUUCAGUUCCUUUUAGGAAUAAUGCAAGUACACAAUGAUUUGUUCCUGCAGUAGGCUUACCAGUAAAUUCUGUAAAAAAAAAAAACAAAAAACACUAGGAUCCAAUAAAAUGUUUUUCAAAAGUCCA